GCCAUCAUCGGACCCGAAGCGGCACAUCCUUGUCGGAGUAAUUGAAGAAUUUCCCCUUCGGCAUCUUUGACAAUCGGGGCCAGAGCUUCCAAUAUCUCCACUCAUUCCUUUUUUUGUCCGACAAACCGCCAGCGCCCUUGUUCCGCGUCCGACGACCGGAGUCCGCCUCGCCCAAACCUCGAGAACAAGACUGCCACAUUCGCAAUCCCCACCACCGGCAACACCGACGGCGCGCAAUCGCACCGCACGACUUCCCCGCCGCGGAACACCUAGUUCUCCCCCGAAAACACCACACCACACAAAACCAUGUCUCCGUCGAGCAAUUUCUUCCGGGCGGCCCGACCGGCCUUCCGCGCCCGCCAGUUCUUCUUCCGCCCCAAGCAGGGCGCCCGCUUCCAGAGCACCACGGCCGACGCCGCCGCCGACUCGUGGGCCAAGCGCAUGUGGAACAGCCCCGUCGGGUUGAAGACGGUGCAUUUCUGGGCCCCCGUGAUGAAGUGGGCGCUGGUGCUGGCGGGGGUGUCGGACUUUGCGCGCCCCGCCGAGAAGCUGUCGCUCACGCAGAACGCGGCGCUGACGUCGACCGGCCUGAUCUGGACGCGCUGGUGCCUGAUCAUCAAGCCCAAGAACUACCUCCUCGCCGCGGUCAACUUCUUCCUUGGUGUUGUCGGUGUCGUGCAGUGCUCCCGUAUUAUCAUGUGGCAGCAGUCGCAAAAGGGCCUUCCCGAGAAGGUCGAGGAGGUCAAGGAGGCGGUUGUCAAGUCAUAGAUGGGACCCAGAGUGGGGAAAGAGAGUGUGUUGUUGGCAGGAGAUGGAACCGAUGCGGGAGCGUUACGCAUCGGGUUAACUACUAGCAAUAAAGGCUCGGCAAGGGGCGCGAAAAUGGUCGAGUUCCUGAGACGGGGGACGGGAACGGAGAUGUCAGGACCCGGACCGGGACAGGGCUGUAGAUGGCGCGCGCCGGUCUCGGGUGUGUACAACAACAUAAGCCGGCUUCGGCGUAAUCGUGGGUUCAGCCAGCGCAGCGUGCUCUCUUUGUUUUGCAUUGCACUACAGGGCGGAGAUGGACAGGGCAAAAGGAGUCGGCGGUUGAGAGAAGCGGCAGCGAUACAGUCGCGGCUAGGUUUCCAGAGUCAUGAUUCCAGAGAGAUGGUGGCAACAACAAACUUCUCUACAAGACU